AUGGCGAAGGAGGCAGCAGGGUUGCAGGAACAGGUGCUACCUCGGCCUGACCAUGUGGAAGGGGGCGGCAGCCGCGAGGCCAACAACCCUCAUUUCCUGGUAUAUACAUACAACAAGUCAGGACCGUUGCAUCCACAUUCUUCAUUUAAAAAGAGGCAUUGCUUUUACCAAGGAUAUGCUGCAGAGAUUCCAAAUUCAGUCGUGACACUAAGCACCUGUUCUGGACUCAGGGGAUUAUUGCAGUUGGUGAAUGUCAGUUACGGAAUUGAACCAUUGGAAUCCACAGCUAUGUUUGAGCAUAUGCUUUAUCAAAUAAAGAAUAAUAAAGCUGAUUUUCUCCCCUUACAAGACAAUUAUACUAUGAUCCAAUUGGGAGAUCAGGCGUACAGGAUUCUGGUGAAGUCAGAAAAAAAACCGGAUAUUGCACUAUUAACAAGAACUCUGAAAAUACAAAUCAUUAUGGAAAAAGCCUUGUAUGAUUAUAUGGGCUCUGAAGUGGCCAUUGCAACUGAGAAAAUUGUCCAUAUCUUUGGUCUUAUCAACACUAUGUUUUCCCAGCUGAAACUGACUGUUAUGUUAACAUCUUUGGAGAUCUGGUCAGAUCAAAAUAAGAUUUUAUGUACUGGGCAUGUUAGUGAACUACUACAAAGAUUUGUGUCAUGGAAAGAAAACAGUUUGUUUCAGAGGUCCCAUGAUAUGGCAUUCUUGUUGAUUUAUAGGGAUUAUCCAAAUUAUGUGGGAGCAACAUAUCAUGGAAGGGCAUGCGAUCCAAAGCUUGCUGCAGGAAUUGCUCUGUAUCCAAAGAGAAUAUCUUUAGAGGCUUUUUCAGUUGUUAUGGCACAGCUGCUUGGAGUUAAUCUGGGAUUAAGAUAUGAUGACAUCUAUAAUUGUUACUGUCCAGGAGCUGCAUGCAUUAUGAAUCCUCAAGCAAUACAUUCCCGUGGUGUAAAGCUGUUCAGCAGUUGCAGCGUAGAUGAAUUUAAACGUGUAGUUUCACAGCCUGAAUUUGAAUGUCUUCAAAAUCAAACCAUUUCAAAAGUGGUUGUCCAAGGAAGAGCAUCAGAAUGUGGCAAUGGAAUUGUGGAAAAGGGAGAGCAAUGUGAUUGUGGCCCUCCAGAGGAAUGUGAUUUUAAAAAAUGCUGUAAUGCUGAAACUUGUACAUUCAUUCCAUCUGCAGAAUGUGGCAAUGGACCAUGCUGUGACAAUAAAACUUGUCUGCUAUUCCCAAGAGGACAUAUAUGUCGGAGAAGCAUUGAUCCAUGUGAUUUUACAGAAUUUUGCACUGGAAGAUCUGAGUAUUGUGUGCCAGACAUGAAAGCUAUUGAUUUAGAACCAUGUAACAAUAAAACCGCCUUUUGCUAUAAGGGAGUAUGUCGAGAUCCAGCUAGACAGUGUGCGGAGUUAUUUGGAAAAUUUGCUAAAGGUGGAACGUAUCUAUGUGCAGAAGAAGUGAAUUUUCUACAUGAUGACUUUGGAAACUGUGGGAAAACUCGAUGUGCUUUUUAUAACACCUUGUGUGCAAAGAUAGUUUGUGACUGGACAAAUACACAUAUAACGGAAACGAGAAAUUUUGAUGUUCAAUAUACUUACCUUGGUGGCCAUAUAUGUAUGUCAGCAGCUACAAGAAAAGAUUCAAAAGUCACAGAUCCAGAUAAUACCUAUGUAACUGAUGGCACUAUAUGUGAUGACAAUAAGUUUUGUCUUGCUGGAAGUUGCUCUUUUGUUGCUAGUUACAAAAACCUUGCAUCCUGUAAUGCUUCAAAACGGUGCAAUGGACAUGGCGUUUGCAAUAAUAACUUCAAUUGCCAUUGUGAUAGCGGAUAUUCUCCUCCAAAUUGUGAGAAAACACUGUCAUCACCAGGAGGAAGUAUUGAUGAUGGGUAUUGGAAUUUUGACAAUGGGAAAAUUGUAAACUGGCCAAUAAAAAAACGACAUGCUGCUCCUAAAAUAAAAGUCCUCUUGAUCAGUUUCUUCGUUUUUCUACUUUCCCUUAUUUUAAUUGCCAUCAUUGUUCUUAAGUGGAAUAAAAUGAAAUUUUGGAAAAGAGAAGAAGCACUAAGUGAAGGGUCUAUGUCAGAAAACAGCAGUAGUAACAGCUACAUGACAUACACAGAAUUAAAGGUGAAAUGA